GCAUCGAGCCGCUGGUAGCUGACUGGGGAAAGACGGCAAAGCAGCGAACGACCGGCGGUGCAAAGGGAAGGACGGGGGGGAAUUUAGGCUGUGUCCCGUAUUUGGAAUAAGCCAGGCUAGAGAAUACAGCUUCCCCCUGACGUGAAACGAGCUUUUCUGUAACCUUCAUAAGAGAAAAAAAGGAGCCGCAUUUUUUCUCCUUUGACGGCUAACUUACAGGCUGGUUGGAACUCUUGGCUAACCAUCGCGUUUGAACUGUGAAGAAACUAAAGAGACGUUGACGAAGAUUGGGAUUUAAAGAACAUAUCUCCCAGCAGUGAGUUGUGAAAACAAGGGGAUAUUUUGCAGUUAGAUAAAAAAUAUAUAUACACAUUGUCAGAGACAGACGGCAUUUGGUUGAGACGUGUUAACGCUGCGUGUUACAUGUCAACUCCCGGGAAAAGGGGGAAGUUGUGGCAUCAAGGAACGGAGAAAAGUAGCGUUAACGUUAGCUCCCUGGUUAGCUGAACAGCUAACCUAGCAGGCUGCUAAGCUGCUGUCGCCCUUCCAUUCCUGGAGCAGAGGAGGGGCGCUGGGGCUUUGUAGCAUUGCAGAUCUGGUUUGCAUUUUUUGGAUUGCUGCAAGAAUGGAGAAUCCCAAAUAUCUGUCUCAACUCAGGGAGAGGUUCUGAACGGCUUCGACUAGGUUAUUUUAAAUAUAUAUAUAUAUUCUCUUAACGCCAGAGGAGAGCAGAAAACUGCCUGCUAACGCUGCGAUUCCAACAAAAUCAGCCGGCCCGGAGCAGCCAGGGUCUGUUACAGGCUUACUUCUUUUCUUAUGCACCCUUUGAGGGGUUGGGGGGAUAGGUAUUAAAAAUGGGGAAGUGCUGCACGUCUCACCCAGCUUCAAGAUACUGGCUCUCGAGAGGAAGGUCAUGAUUAGGCGCAUUUUAACGCUUAUUUAGCACCGGCUUGGCCUCAACGCGCAAAAGUUUGAUUAUUUUUCGAGACGUGCAGUGGCGAGAACUUUUCAAGGCCCCCCUCUGCGCUGACUUCCAGGCCGAGGAGGUGUUUGCUCGUCCAACCCCAUCCAUCACCAUUGCUUCAAAAGGCCAACAGUAAGGAAUAGAACAUGUCGGGAGAGGUGCGUUUGAAGAAGCUGGAGAAGCUGAUCCUGGACGGGCCGGCUCAGUCUAAUGGCCAGUGCCUGAGUGUGGAGACGCUGCUGGAUAUCCUGGUGUGCCUCUAUGAUGAGUGCAACAACUCCCCCCUCAGAAGGGAGAAAAACGUCCUGGAGUUUUUGGAAUGGGCCAAACCCUUCACAUCCAAAGUGAAGCAGAUGCGCCUGCACAAGGAAGACUUUGAGAUCCUUAAAGUGAUUGGACGAGGAGCCUUUGGAGAGGUUGCAGUGGUAAAAGUGAAAAACACUGACAAAGUUUUUGCAAUGAAGAUUCUCAACAAGUGGGAGAUGCUGAAGCGAGCAGAGACGGCAUGUUUCCGGGAGGAGCGGGAUGUGUUGGUGAAUGGGGACUGCCAGUGGAUCACCACCCUGCACUACGCCUUCCAGGAUGACAAUAAUCUGUACCUGGUGAUGGACUACUAUGUGGGCGGUGACCUGCUGACUCUGCUCAGCAAGUUUGAGGACCGGCUGCCGGAGGAGAUGGCCAAGUUCUACCUGGCUGAGAUGGUGCUGGCCAUCGACUCGGUUCAUCAGCUACACUAUGUCCACAGGGACAUCAAGCCCGACAAUAUUCUGCUGGAUAUGAACGGCCACAUCCGCCUGGCUGACUUUGGCUCCUGCCUCAAACUCAUGGAGGAUGGGACGGUUCAGUCAUCUGUGGCUGUGGGAACCCCAGACUACAUCUCUCCAGAAAUCCUCCAGGCUAUGGAGGAUGGGAAAGGCAAAUAUGGGCCAGAGUGUGACUGGUGGUCCCUGGGGGUCUGCAUGUAUGAAAUGCUGUACGGCGAGACUCCUUUCUAUGCAGAAUCCUUGGUGGAAACCUACGGGAAGAUCAUGAACCACAAGGAGAGAUUCCAGUUCCCACAGCAGAUCACAGAUGUUUCUGAGGAGGCGAAAGAUCUGAUUCGCCGACUCAUUUGCAGCCGAGAGCACCGAUUGGGUCAGAAUGGCAUCGAGGACUUCAAGCAGCACCCCUUCUUCGCGGGCAUCGAUUGGGAUAACAUUCGCAUGUGUGAAGCCCCCUACAUCCCAGAGGUCAGCAGUCCUACAGACACCUCCAACUUCGAUGUGGACGACGACUGUCUCAAGAACUCGGAGACGAUGCCCCCUCCCUCUCACACUGCUUUCUCAGGCCACCACCUGCCCUUUGUAGGUUUCACCUACACAAGUAAAUGCACUCUGUCUGAUCGGGGUUGCCUGCGACAGCUGGGAGGUGAGCCGGGGAAGGCCGGGCAGGACAAGCUGGAUGUUGAAGUGCAGCGUAGCCUGGAGGACAGCCUGGCCACCGAGGCCUACGAGAGAAGGAUUCGCCGCCUGGAGCAGGAGAAGCUAGAGCUGAGCCGCAAACUGCAAGAGUCGACUCAGACGGUGCAGGCGCUGCAGCACACAGGCGAGGGCCCCCUCAGUGCUAACAAGGAGGUGGAGAUCAGGAGCCUGAAAAGCGAGAUCGACAUUCUGAAGAAGCAGAUCGCUGACUCAGGCCAGCUGGAGAAGCAGCUGGAGGAUGUGACGCUGGCUCGGAGAGACUUGGAGGACUCGUCCAAACACAUCAAGACUCUUGAGAAACAGAUGAAGAGCAUCACACAGGAAAGGGAUGACCUACAGAAGGAUCUCAUGGACGCCAGCGAGAAGUUGAAGGUUCAGUCUAAAGAGCUGAAGGAAGCCCACAGCCAGAGAAAACUGGCCAUGCAGGAGUUUUCAGAGCUGAACGAGAAGCUCACAGACCUCAGGUCGGCGAAGCAGCGCCUGGUUCGUCAGCUGCGUGACAAAGAGGAGGAGAUGGAAAGCCAGAAUCAAAAGGUGGAGGCUCUCCGCCUCGAGGUGCGAAAGGCCGAGAGGGCCAAGAAGGAGAUGGAGGCUCAGGUGGAGGAGCAGGCGGCCGAGGCUCAGAAAGAGAAGAAGCUGAGAGAGCGCAACGAGCAAUACAGCCGACAGCUGCAGGAGGAGCUGGAGGGGCUGAAGGUGAAGCAGGCUGGCUCCUCUGCUGCCCCGGCCCCGGCGGAUCAAACCCAGGAGGUCGGGCGUUUACGUGGAGAAAUGGAGAAGAAAACGAUGUUCUUCGAGGAAGAGUUGGCCCGCAGGGGGGCGCAGUACAGCGCCGAGCUGAAGGCGCUGCGUAAAGAGCUGAGAGACGCCGAGAGCCAACAGCUCAACCUGCAGAAAGAGAUCCUGAUGCUCAAAGACAAACUGGAAAAGACUCGUCGUGAAAGCCAAAGCGAGCGGGAGGAGUUUGAGACAGAGUACAAGCAGGAGUACGAGCGAGAGCGAGUCCUGCUCACUGAAGAAAACAAGAAGCUGUCCAGUGAACUCGACAAGCUAACCACCAUGUAUGAGAAGAUGAGCAGCUCCAACAGGCAGCUGGAGGAUGAGAUGAGGGAGCUGGCUGAUAAAAAGGAGAGUGUAGCUCACUGGGAGGCCCAGAUCACAGAAAUCAUCCAAUGGGUGAGUGAUGAGAAAGAUGCUCGGGGCUACCUGCAGGCUCUGGCCACUAAGAUGACAGAAGAGCUGGAGGGGCUGAGAAGCAGCAGCCUGGGAGCGAGAGCCACGGACAUGCCGUGGAAAAUGCGGCGUUUGGCCAAGCUGGACAUGUCUGCGCGCCUGGAGCUGCAGUCGGCCCUGGACGCUGAGAUCAGGGCAAAGCAGAGCAUCCAGGACGAGCUGAACAAAGUCAAGGCCGACAACAUUUCCACAGAAUGUAAACUGCAGGAAGUUGGAAGUAAAAACCAGGAACUGCUGGCUGAGAUCGAGCGUCUGAAAAAGGAGACGGAGGAGCUGCGGCUACGGCGAGGUGUCAAGCACCAGGAUUCCCAGAAUUCCUUCUUGGCUUUUCUCAACGCCCCCACCUCAGCUCUCGACCAGUUCGAUGAUUCUUAUUCCUCAUCCUCAUCUUCUUUAAUUGAGUUUUGGGAAGAUCACUCGCCGUCCGUCGGCCCAGCUAGCAAAGGCAGACGUGUGGACUCUGUGGAUAACUUCACCCCCUCCAACACGCCGUCUCGGGAAGAUGACCCCAAGUCCCACCUUAAGCCCCGCUCUCGUUCACCUUCCAUGGCUAGUGACAUGGAGCCAAUAGAGUUGAUCGAUCAUCCUCGCUCAGUUCAGACGCCCACCAUGCGCUCAGGAGGUUAUGGCAGUAUCGGGCGCUCCUCACCUAAGCCCAAAGCACAUCAGUUUGUAGUGAAGACAUUCAACACACCCACCAAGUGUAACCAGUGCACCUCUCUGAUGGUGGGGCUCAUCCGUCAAGGCUGUACGUGCGAAGUAUGCAACUUUUCCUGCCAUGUAACGUGUGCGGACAAAGCUCCAGCUGUGUGCCCCGUGCCGCAGGACCAGACCAAGGGCCCGCUGGGCAUCGACCCUCAGAGGGGGAUCGGUACUGCUUACGAAGGACACGUCAGGGUGCCCAAACCAACCGGGGUGAAAAAGGGCUGGCAGAGGGCGAUGGCUGUGGUCUGUGACUUUAAAUUGUUCCUCUAUGAACUGGGAGAAGGAAAAGCAACACAGCCAAGUGUGGUCGUCAGUCAAGUCAUAGACAUGAGGGAUGAAGAGUUUUCAGUCAGUUCAGUCCUGGCCUCUGAUGUCAUCCACGCCAGCCGCAAGGACAUUCCCUGUAUAUUCAGAGUCACGGCGUCCCAGCUGUCCCCCUCCAGCAGCCACAAGCCCUCCAUCCUGAUCCUGGCCGACAGCGACCAGGAGAGGACCAAGUGGGUGGGCCUCCUCAACGAGCUCCACCGCAUCCUGAAGAGGAACAAGCUCAAGGAGCGCUUCGUCUACGUCCCCAAGGAGGCUUACGACAGCACCCUGCCCCUCAUCAAGACGACACAGUCUGCUGCUAUCAUAGAUCACGAGCGCGUCGCCCUGGGCAACGAGGAAGGCCUUUUUGUCAUCCAUGUCACCAAAGAUGAGAUAAUCCGGGUGGGGGACAACAAGAAGGUGCACCACAUUGACCUGAUGCUCCAGGAGCAGCUGCUGGCGGUCAUCUCCGGCAGGAACCGCCACGUCCGCCUCUUCCCCUCGCAGGCCCUGGACGGCCGCGAGACCGAGUUCUACAAGCUGGCAGAGACGAAAGGCUGCCAGACCAUCGUGUCGGGUCCGGUCCGCAACGGCUCGAUCACCUGCCUCUGCGUGGCCAUGAAGAAUAAAAUCAUAUGUUACGAGGUGAAUAAGAGUAAAAUGCGUCACCGUCGGCUGCGGGAGCUGCAGGCCCCGGGGCCGGUUCAGUGGAUGGGUCUGCUCAGUGAGCGUCUCUGUGUGGGCUAUCCGUCUGGCUUCAUGCGCUACAGUGUCCAUGGGGACAUGUCCCCUGUCAGCCUGCUCCACGCUGAGGACCACACACUGGCCUUCAUCCCUCAGCAGGGCCUGGACGCCCUCUGUGCCGUGGAGAUCUCCAGCAAGGAGCUGCUGCUGUGCUUCAGUGCCAUCGGGGUGUACGUGGACUCGCAGGGCCGCAGGUCGCGGCAGCAGGAGCUCAUGUGGCCGGCUGUGCCCAUCGCUGCCUGCUACAACGCCCCCUACCUGUCCGUGUACAGCGAGAACGCCGUGGACGUGUUUGAUGUCAACACCAUGGAGUGGAUUCAGACCAUCCCGGUCAAAAAGAUGCGACCUCUGAAUGUGGACGGCUCUCUGAACCUGCUGGGGCUGGAAACCGUGCGCCUUAUCUACUUUAGGAACAAGAUGGCCGAGGGCGACGAGCUGGUCGUCCCGGAGACGUCAGACAACAGCCGGAAGCAGAUGGUGCGCAGCAUGAACAACAAGAGACGCUACUCCUUCAGAGUGCCCGAAGAGGAGCGACUUCAGCAGAGGAGAGAAAUGCUGCGAGAUCCCGAGAUGAGGAACAAACUGAUCUCCAAUCCAACCAACUUCAACCACGUGGCUCACAUGGGACCAGGAGAUGGGAUCCAGAUCCUGAAGGAUCUGCCCAUGAACGUCCGUGUUCAGGAUAGCCGAGCGGGGUUCAGCGGCUCCGUCAGCAUUCCCUCCAUCACCAAGAACCGGGCCGAGCCGGGCCGCUCCAUGAGUGCCAGCAGCGGACUGGGCAUACGCUCAUCCUCGCAGAAUGGCAGCGCUCUGCGCAGGGAGCUGUCAGGAGGAAGCUACGGGUCCAAACGCCAGACCAUGACCUCUCCUUCCGAGAGCUCCCUGUCCUCUGGCGGAGGGGUGGACUGCGGUGAUGCUCCGCUCUCACAGUUCGACAGAGAGUGGCAGGCAGUCUCACCGUCGGAGAAGACCCCCGAUCUGAAAAGGGCUUUAAGGACCCUGCUUAGUAAGAUGAAGGAUUCGGACUCCCCGCGCCACUCCACGGCCUCCAACAGCUCCACCUUCAGCAGCCCUCCCAGCCCGGCCUCCCCACACAAGACCAAGUCCCUGUCCUUGGAGAGCACAGAAAGGAUGGGCUGGGACACAUGAGCCCCCAGCGGUCCAUCCGACCCCCCUCACCCACCCACCGACUGACCCAUCAACGACCCACCCACCGACAGCACAGGACUCCAAAUUCUCCAACUCUUCCUUUUUUGAAUAUUGUUCCCUCACUGCCCAGAGAACUGCACCUCCUGCCCACCACUCCCUCCCAAAGAAGAUUUGUCCCACUUUACCCCCCCGCACUGUGUCUCAGCGUUCUUCCACAGUGGGGCCGAAACACUUGCUAGACAGCGAGGGACAAGCUAUCAAAUGCUAUCAGUGGUGUACAUGUGGGUGCUGAUGUUUGGCUUGUGUGUGUGUGAGUGUGAGAGAGAAGGUGUGUGUGAUGUCGGGCAGGUGAUGCAGGAACAGGAAGCUCCCAUUUUGGCUCUUUUUGGUCAACUUGUCGAGAUUCACUGAGAGACUCUUAAAAAGUCACGAUGCAAUCCAAAAAGAAGAUGAAAUAUUAUUGAGAGCAGAAGGUUUGUACUUGUACAUAGGACCCGCCGGGAUUCAGGGGACAGUGUUUUAAUUUAUUUAUCAAUCAUAGACGAGGAAAGGGGCUCUGCUGCUUUGUGGCCGAAGCAGACGGGUGGAGUUACCCCCCCCCCCCCCCCCCCCCACCUGCUUUCUCUCUGGGUGCUGCAAAAAGAUAAAAAAAGGAAUUACUUUUAUUUUUUGCUCCUGAUACUAAGUGCAGCGACUUUAUAACAUUUUUAAUUUCCACCAUCAGCAAAAAGCUCCAACAGCGGCUCCUGUGACAUCACACGACAAACUCAUUCGGUUCCCCAGAGCGAACGACAUCAUCAGGGGUGAGCGUCCUCCGUCGUGGACGCUCCACGUUGUCCAGCCAAAACUCCCGACACAGUCAUGUACAUAGGUUCAGAGUAGAGAGUAAUAUAUGAUAAGGAAAAUACUAUAGAGAACUACACGGGGCGGAAAACUCCUCCUUUAUUUUCCCGCUUUUGUUUGGAGUGAUUCCGGGUUGUUUCGCACUCGAAGCCAUUUUAAAACCACUUAUUUUGUUUUUACUGAUUUAUUUUAGAUUUGUUUGUUUUCAUGUUGUUUCUAUGACGUGUGCGCAUCCCUCCCCUCCACUUCAUAUGAGUGGGGGAAAAAAAGCUGACUUGUGUAUCGGCACUGCUGCCUGUACGCAGACGCACACACACACACACACACACACACACACAGGCGGUUGUUGCCUUGUUGUGCUCCUCUGACUGUUGGCGGUGUUUGAAAGGUCGCUGAGAUGAGCUCUGUUUCACCAAAUACGGACACAACAGGGAGGCGCCGCGACUUUGCUCGUUCCAACCAACGUUUUAAUGACUCGUGAAAAUUUGUAAGAGGGAUUAAAAAAAACGAGAAUGUAAACAGUGCGAGGAAGUCACACCUGGGUUUGUGUUCUGGAGGCGAUGGAGUAAAUGACCUCUGCCUGUUGUUGUUGUGUGACCUGAACAGGGCCGGAGCUCUGAGCCGCCUCCACGGCACUACUUUACUCUACUUUACUUUUCCUUUGUCAGUGGAAAGGCCUUUAAAAAAAUAGAAGGAGGGGGAAACGGUGUGGCAGCUUCUGGCUGCAGAGCAGGGCAUUCACAGCCAAAAACCUGUUACCUCUGUUCAUCUCCUGUAGGCAUUUUGACCCGAGGGACACGGCGGCGUGGCAUCAAAGAACCCACAGAGGGUUUGAGCCUCGCUCCACAUGAUUCCACUCGUCCUGUUUGUCAGAAAGGGAAAACUCUUCAGUGGUCAUUCCCCCGUGGAAACACAGCAAAGAGCUGCAAACGGCUCAUUCCAGGUGUUCUUAUUUUUAUUAUCUUUUAAUUUGAAGAGAGGUUUAGAGCUCCCAGCUGGUUUUACUCCAAAUAUCUUAGAACUUUUUUUAAGCUAGUGACUCCUUCGUUCCUGCGACGAGUUCAUCUGCAGAACGACGAGCCGGUGUAUGAGGUGUUAGCCAGGCGGCAUCGGUUUUUCAUUUUUGGCCAAUACUGUGCAGAAAAUCUGAUCCUAGAUGUCCCGGUUCAAAGAGAGCAAGAAGGGGAAACUCAGGAAACAAAUUUUCAGUCAGAUGAGCGCGAUCGAGGUGCGUUUGAUUCAUUUGAUGGAUGGGCAGCAGUAAGUGAGGGAAUGUGACCCGGGUGGAGGCGGCCGUGAGUAUUGGGUGACAGGUGGCUUCAUGGCCGAAGUGCCGCAAUUUAAAGAAAUGGAAACGCCUUUACAUUUCAGUGAGGUCUUAUCUCCAGUACCUUCUAUAUUGUUUUGCUCUUUCAUAUCAUAUUCCACUUUGUUUUCUAGGAUUGCUUUGUAAUAAUUUGUACAGUUUUGCAUGUUAUAGAUGUAAUCAUUUGUUUUCGGUUUGUCGUUUUAUUCUUUUUGGAGCGGUUUGGGUGUUUUACUGAGGAUAACCCACUACAGCUGAUGUAGAUUCUUUUUUUGCACAAAAAUAUUUAAGGUGUAAGGUCAAAACAAAAAUAAUGUAUGGAAGCGGCUGCCACACUUACGUGGAGAACUCAUUAUAUUAACCUGACUCCGAUGUAUUUCAAUAAAGCGGAGGGCUGUUACAAAUACA